AUGGAUUUCCAGCAAGCAAUCAAGGUUAUCAAGGAGUGCCAAGUAUUUGCGAACCAAUGUUCGAUGGCCAAUGACCCUCAUGUCAAAGUAGCAAGUAUCAAGACGUUGGUUGAUAUGUUGUCAAGAAAAUUGCCGGACGACCUGAUCCAGAUAUUGACAGAAUAUGGCACACUGGAUGGCUUUAUCACCAAUGCUAAAUUAGAGCUCAAUCACGACGAUGUCCAGCUUAUGUUUGAUUGGGAUUUCCAGGUCAUGACCCAGACCUUGUAUCAAGAAAAGCGGCUGCCAGCAAUCAACCACGAUGGCACUUCCUUGUUUGUCAUUGAUAAGCAUCAUGUCGGAGGUCUUGUCACUUCUGCUCCUCAGGUGUACCAGUCCGAUUUGGAAAAAGAAAUAAUUCAAUUAACAGAGAGUUUGGCAAUCACGCCUGAAUCUUAUGUCAUUCGCGCCGAAAUUCGAAAAAAGAUCGGUACCAUGUUAAACAAAGUUUGGCGUAACAAGGAUCUACGUGUAUCAACAUUUGGAUCAACAUCAACAGGACUGGCAACAGCCGAUGCCGAUAUUGAUCUCUGUAUUUCAGGCCCAGUUCUCGGUUCGGACUAUCAUGGGGGAAGUCUGCAACGAGUUGCAGGAUCCGUGUAUAAUAUGAACUUUUUGGCCAGCAAGCUACGUGAAAUUGGCAUGGAUCAUGUCAUAGCUAUCAAUGAAGCUACAGUACCUAUCUGUAAAUUCAGAGACCCCGAAUUUAAUUUGUAUUGUGAUAUAAACACCAAUAAUUUGAUGGGAAUCGAAAAUACAAAUCUGAUUAUUCAAUACAUGCAUCUCGAUUCUCGUGUACGGCCUUUCCUGUUUGCUCUCAAGUUAUUUAUCAAAACCAAGGAGAUUAACAACUCACAAAAGGGCUUUAUGUGCAGCUACACGUUUAUCCUUAUGGGAUUACAUUUCCUGAUGUUUGUACAAAACCCACCUGUAAUACCUUGUCUCCAAGAACUGAGGAAUGCAACUUGUACUUCUGCCGACUGUAAUAGCCGACAAAGAAGAAGGGUAGCUGAUCAUUUAGUAGCUUAUCACGACUGUGUAAGGGUUGUUAACACGGUGACAGACUUAUACAAUAGCAAAACCACAAGCCCCGAGACAAAUCCCACCAUCUGGUACGGUCGUAAUUCAAAGAAUGUAGGCGAUCUUGUACUUGAACUUUUUACCUGGAUGUCUCAAACCUCCAAUCUACUGAAACCAAUGUCCUUAGCAACCAGUGCUCGAGUAGGCCGCCUAUCAGGGUGGAGAAAGCAUGAUGCCGUAUUUCCGGAUCCAUUUGUUUCUACAAGAAACGUUGCGGGAUCCUGUACGGCGAUUGGAGCCAAAGUAAUUUGUCAAGAGUUCAGACAAGCUUGCAAUAAGUUAAACCAAGGACUCACAUUCAAGGACACGUUGAGUAAGAAUGAUCUUGUAUACAGGCCUGUGGAUCCAAAGUCCAUGAAUUAUCGAUUUGGUCAUCGUAGUUAA